AUGUCCUGGCUCGCAGAGCACACAAUCAGAGAUGGCUCGGCCGUGGCAGAGGCACUGGACGGUCGCCAGAUGGGGCCAAAGCCCGUGCCUGAAAUCCUGGCGGGGCUCUAUCGCAGCUCCUUAGAAGCGCCUGAAGCUUUUCAAGCUGAAUACGAGGCCUCAACGAACAGAGUGCUGUCAAUCCUUCAAAGUUUCCAGUUUCAAGAGGUUGACCUUCAGUUGGACGACCGCAAUGCACUGCACUACGCUGCGGGCUGCGGCUGCUUAGAAGUCUGUGAGGCGUUGUUGCGACAUCCACAGCUGAACUUCCAGGAGGACCGUCACGGACACACCCCGUUGCUCUGGGCGGUGCGGCAUGGCAUGGCCGGGGCGAUGCAACUCUUAUUGAGGCACGGCGCUGUGCCUUGGCAUUCAGACCAUCGUGGAUUAACGGCUCUGCACUGGGCCUGUGCCCUGGGCUUUGGGAGGCUUUGCAAGUUGCUCCUGAUGGUGCCGCUGAAUGCGGAGGCGAUGAAAGAUCAGCGUUGCCAACGUGGCUGGACUCCAUUGCACUCUGCCGCUUACAGCGGCUCAGCGGCCUGCUGCGAACACCUCCUGAGCGCGGGCGCGGACGAGACGCUGCGGACGCCGCGGGACUGGACGGCUUUGCACCUGGCGGCCCUGCAGGGACAGGUCGAGGCCAUCAAGGUCCUUGCCUCCCAUUGCUCAACAGAGGCUGCGAAGAUGGGUGAUGGUGAUGGUGCCUUUCUUAUCCUUGAAAUGCUUAUAAUGUGGUUACAACAAUAA